AUACUGGGCAGUUGCUCUGCCAGCGUACCUACUAGUGGCUAUAGGAAUUGGCUAUAUAUUACUUUUUGGUAUUAACAUGAUGAGUACAGCUCCACUUAACUCCACAAAUACCAUUACAGAUAACUAUGCAAAAAAGCAGCAGCAGAAGAGAUUUCAAGAAGAAGCAAUUCCAGCCUUGAGGGAUAUUCCCAUCAGUGAAGUAAACAGAAUGUUUUUCCUUCCUGAAAAAGGAGUCUGCAAUAGCAGAUAG